UUCAACAGCGUCUUUUUUGACUUUGAAAACAUGGCGUCGCUUUAAGAGCUUAGACCGGACAUGUCGGACAAAGAAGCCGGUCGAGGGAAGGAGAGUCCCGGGGAGAAAGGUUUCCGGGCCCCCGGGAUGAGAGACGCACCGAGCACGACCCUGUUCCGGGCUCUGAACCCCGAACUCUUCAUGAAACCGAAUAUCCCCGUGAUGGCGUUUGGACUAGUGAGCAUCACCUUGUGCGUGGGCUACCUCGGCUACAUGCACGCCACGAAAGACAACGACCAGCAGCUGUACGAGGCCAUCGACGCCGAGGGAGAGAGCUACAUGAGGAGGAAGACUUCCAAAUGGGACUGAGGGCACCUUCUAUGAUGGUGUUUUAUAAUAAUAUGUUGUGUGUGUGAGGACUGAGUAAAUUAAAACUGGAUUAAAAAAC